GCGGAGUCCGGGUGGGAUGAUGCUGGAGAAGGCGGAGCCGGGUUCGGUUUCCGGAUGUUGUUGUUGUUGUUGUGGUGGUGGUGGUGGUGUCUGUGCAACUUCUACUGCGUCGUUGGCGUUCUCCAUCCACCGCUGCUGCUGCUGCCCCCUCGCUCCGUUUCUUUUCCUUCGCUGUCCGUGUACCUUGCCUUCGUCUUCUCCCUCUCGCUCCCCCCUCCUGCAUGUUGUCCUUUUCUCCCCUCUUUUUUCCCCCCUCGCUCGCAUUGCUAAUUCCCGCUUACUUUCCGCUGCCUUCUUCAUCCCUGUACGCUUCGCCAUUCCCACCACCCUGGCCCGCCACGCUGCGUUGCUCUCCGCCCUCAGGGACCGAAUCGUAUCAUGUGCUGAUGCGGCACCGGAGCGCGCGUGGGGUGAAUCUGGCAGACAUUGCUGGUGACCUAUUCUACUGCACCCGAGAGAGGGCUUUCGGCGGGUGGUGGAUCGGAGGUGAUGGAGAAUUUGCAGAGGGAAUGUGGACAAUAAUGUGCGGACACGGGGAGAGGGAUUGAUAACCAGCGAGUCAGCCAACUACAGCGGCAGAGGGAGCAGCUGAAACAGCAGGUGUUUGUGGGUGGCAUGGUGUGCUCCCCACGGAACAGCCUUAGUUAGAUACAAGUGUUGAUGAUGGCGGGGAUGCAUGCAUGGUUUGGAGUGGUUUAGUUUGGCCUUGGGAAGAAUGUGGUUGUAUUUUUAGGUCGGCUUGCAUUUGUUGGAGCUGGAGCAGAAGACGAUUGGAACGGAUAGGAAGGGUUAGGUGUUGGGAAAAUUGUACAUGGCAGGUUGUAGGAGAAGCAGGGCUCAGCUUUAGGGUGCUGGGAUUGACAGCGCUGGCGAGCAAAGGAGUUAGAAGCCAAUUUGAGGACAGGGAAUUUGGGUGAGGUUUUAUUGAGCAGGCAUCUAUGAAUUGUCAGUGAAACGGGUCGCAUGAUGAUUUGAAAAAGGGGACUUAAACUGUUAGUCUUGUUAAUUUGGACUCACGCAGUAACCGAUGCUUCCGCCCAGCUAUUCCUUCUACUUCGCUCGUCUCUUUUCUUGGACAAUUACUGUUGAGGCAAUGGAUCAUGACACUGGUUUACAGAAGCAAGUUCGGAGGAUGGAAGGAAGAGAGUGGGUGCCCCAAGUGAGGAGGAACAGGUAGCAGUAGGAAUAGCGAUAGGGGUCCGGGUUUUACACCAAUAUGGCGGAGGUGGACGUGCCUUCUUGGCUGAAAAGCCUAGCUUUGGCUCCCGAGUAUCACCCUACGGAGGCAGAGUUCCUGGACCUCAUAGAUUACAUUUUCAAGAUAGAGCAAGAAGCUUCGCAGUAUGGCAUUUGCAAGAUCGUGCCGCCGCACUCGAAAGCUCCCAAGCGGGUGGUGUUUAAUAAUCUUAACUUGUCGCUGGCCAAUUCACAAGAUGCGACGGCUACGGGAGAAGUCCCCACCGUGGGCCGGAACAUGUGUCCUGCACGGAGCAUGAGCGGUGGAAAUGUCCCCGCCAGCGCUGUUAGGUUGGAGGUUGAGGCAGGUGGUAAGGCCAAGUUUACAACAAGAAGGCAGCAGUUAGGAUGGAAUGCGCGGAAAGUGAGAGGAGGAGUACCACAUUCCGUUGUACACAAAUUGGUUUGGCAAAGCGGGGAGACAUACACCCUGGAUCAGUUUGAAGCGAAGGCCAAGAUUUUUGCACGCAACCGGUUGGGUACCUCGCAAGAGUUAGUUCCUCUGGCAGUCGAAGCGCACUUUUGGAAGGCAGCCUUUGAGAAACCAAUCUCAAUAGAGUAUGCGAAUGAUAUACCGGGUUCGGCAUUUGCUGAGCCUAGGGAAGCCACUUUGCCUCCGAAACGUCGAGGGGUUUUGGAUGAGGCUACCACACCCACGGAAGCAUUUGGGGAGAAUGAGUCAGGGCCGGAAGAGGAAGAAAAGGUUGCUUUUAAUAAGGAUAUAGGAAUUUCAGAAGAUGAAUUAGAGGCUUCGAAAGGUGCAGGAAUUGACGCUGACACUGGUAGGGGUAUAAAUUGUAAACUCUCUAACAGUGCAUGGAAUAUGCGAAAAGUGGCCCGCUCCCCAGGUUCUUUGCUGCGGUUCAUACCCGAUGAAGUUCCAGGGGUUACCUCUCCGAUGGUGUACAUUGGCAUGCUCUUUAGUUGGUUUGCUUGGCACGUGGAGGACCAUGAACUACAUAGUCUCAAUUAUCUACACACUGGUGCCCCCAAAACCUGGUAUGCUGUGCCUGGAGAUGCUGCCCCCGCACUUGAAGAGGUGGUAAGAGUUCAUGGGUACGGUGGUCAGCUUAAUGCACAAGGUUGCAAUAUGGAAUGUCCUGAGCAAAAGAAGAUAUUCAGCAGUUAUUUGAAAUUACAGAGAGACGCUUUUGCACGCUUGGGUGAAAAGACCACAGUCAUGUCUCCAGAGGUGUUGGUUGCAGCAGGUGUGCCUUGCUGCAGGCUCGUACAGAAUGCUGGGGAGUACGUGGUCACCUUUCCUCGUGCAUAUCAUCUAGGUUUUAGCCACGGAUUUAAUUGUGGCGAGGCAGCAAAUUUCGCAACUCCAGGCUGGCUGGAAGUUGCAAGGGAGGCAUCCGUGCGACGUGCGGCUAUGAACUAUUUGCCCAUGCUUUCUCAUCAGCAGCUUUUGUAUAUGCUAGCAAUGUCUCUAAUAUCGAGGUCAAUUUUUGAUAUAGCUUCUGAGAAGCGCAGCUCCCGACUGAAGGAGAAAAAGAGGGUCGGUGAAGAGGUUGUCAAAUCCAUGUUCGUCAACGACGUGAUCCAGCAAAAUGACUUUAUUGGGAAGCUACUCGAUAAUGGAGUCGCAAGCUGUUUGUUGGUGAAAGAUUCGAAACUAUAUGCUUCACACGCAAUCACGAGUAUGUCAGAGUGGAAUGAUUCAUAUCAGGCCUGCACAGUAGAUGAGAAGAAUCAUGAUGAAGUUAAUUCUAUAAUUGAUGCUUUGGAAAUUCCUGCAUCUGAAAACCCUGUUGACGUACAAGUUUUACCCAGCUCUGCCUUAGUAUCAAUGGCCGCUGAGGUUUCUUCUGUGGAGCAUAAAGAGAACCGAGAGCCUUGCAUAUUGAAUAAUAUUAACUGUAAAAUUGAGAAGGAGCAAGUAUAUGGAGAAGAUCUUGUAACUUCAACCUUACCACGUGACUUAAAUACUAUGCCAUGCGCUGCGUGCGGUAUCUUGUGCUAUACUGGCAUGGCUAUUGUUCGACCAUCACAAAGUGCUGCGGCCAGUUUUAGGCGUUUACGUUCUCAUGCAUCAGGUCCAGGUAGUCGGAGGAGCAAGGGUGUUGCAAUCCCACCAUCAGGAGUGUUACCUGGUAAAGCUGAUAAAAAGUCACCUGAUUUUCAUAUGCUUCCGAAUGAUGUGCAACCCUUACCGGAGCUUGAGGGGACAACUCCUGACGUUUUCACAGAUGCUGUGUAUGUGGAUCAGACCGAGGAGCUAGAAGUCUGGACCCCUGAUUUGAAAGAGUGUCCCACAACAUAUAAAUACUCUAGCAAUGACGCAUCCGCUGAUAUUGAAAGAGAUAUAAAUGUAUCCUCUGAAGUUGUUAAUGCUAUAUCUUGUGCUGAAAAUGUUGGAUUAACCUUCAACAAUAAUGCUGGAGAUGCAAUAGAGGUCGACAAGCAGAACCAUGAUAUUGCAUCUGGGCUCAGGUCAGCAGUCUCGAUAGACCCUACGGCGCAAAAUUCAAAUGCUGAGAGUACGAAGUGUUCACCAGGACGUAUCGAGUUGAAAAUGAAUGCGGAGGGAAUGCUUUCUUCCCUGCAACUCUUGGCCUCUACUUAUGAUGACUCUGAUGCUGACGAGUACGAUCUAGUAGAACAUGGCGAUAAGGGCAAUGUUGUGGGCUGUCCUCCGGUAGGACCUACAAAUCACACUGCAGACUUCUCUGGUUUAGAUUCCGAGAAUCUCGUGCCACGACCUGCAUCUUCGAAUUUGGCCUCGCCUCCACCAAAUACUGAAAUGAAUUCAAGGUCACUAACUUCAAAGAGUUUAAGGCUCGAUCCAGAACCCUCAGGGAUUAACAUUUCUCCGCCAGACAGCCAGCCCUUAGCCCUAAAGGGUACAACAUCGUGUCUAGACGAAUUGUCUGAGAAACUUUGGAAGUCGAGCACUGAGUUGGAAAGUUGCAAGAAAUCCUGGGUUGCACGCGAAGAUUCUGGAAGGGCUAUGACUGAGUUAUCUUCUUUUCAGUCGAACAGCAAGAGCGACCAUGACGAAGCAAUGGCUAGGGAUGAAGCAAAGCGUAAGUCAGCAUUGUCCUUUGGCGAGUGUGUCACUUGUUCUCUGCCUCAUGAUAGUUUCUUCGAUUCUUUUGAAGAGGUGGCUCUGAAAAAUGUUGACAAUGAGACUGUGGGGUUAGAGAAUUCUUCUGAGAAGACCGGCAUCCUUGUUAGCUGUGAUGAAAAGACUAAACCCUGCGCGAUUGAUGCUCCUGCAAUAACUUUGGAACCAAUUGAGACAGUGGGAGUUCCAGGCACCCCCACAUUGAAAGUAGAUAGGCAGUUGGCAGAGGGCAGCUCUGUUACGACAGACAGUCCAAUUAAAGUAGGUGAAGCUUUGGACAACAUUGGAUCGCUGGCUGUUGCAUAUGCGACUCAUAAUCCAAAUGUCAAUGAAAUACAUGGAGUAGUGCAAUCUUCGCAGAUAGGGUCAAGUGCGCCGAAUCGAUUACAGAUACUAAAGGGUGCUGCAAGGCCUCGGGUGCUGUGCCUUGAACAUGCAAUUGCUGCUCAGAAGAGGUUGGAGUCGAUUGGAGGGGGCACUGUAAUCCUCAUCUGUAAUUUCAGUUUUUUAAAGGCUGAGCGCCACGCGAAAGCUAUAGCCGCAGAAGUUGGAGUCCAGCAUCAGUGGAGGAUAGUUCCAUUCCAGAAAGCAGGAGAUGAAGAUUACAAAGUAAUAGCCGCAGCUGUAGAAGCAGAACAGUAUAUUCCUGGAGAUAGUGAUUGGGUGGACCUGUUGGGAUUAAGUGUUUAUGGUCAAAAUAGUUCUUUUUCUAAUGAUGUUGAGAUUACGAAUGGAAACCCCUCCAGUGUAGAGAGUGAAGAGCUUGGGAGCAGAACUUGGCGCAAGGGAAGAAAAGAGAAAAAAUCCUCCGUAAUUAGACAGUGGUGUGGCAAAGGAUGGAGGGUUGACCAGCUUCAUCCUUUACUUGGUGGACGCCGUAAUGUGACUGCGCUACUUGACAAUACAUCUGCUGGUGCAAAUUUAUGCACCUCCAAUGUAGUAUAUAAUUAUAUUGAGAGUGGGAGAUUGCGUAAAGUCAUGCGGCCUGCUCGGUUAGCAGAGUACACUACAGACGGCCAUGCACCGAAAGGGGAAUUACAUACUAAAAAACCUAUUAAUAAGAGGAAGAUACUUUUGGAAAUGUCAGAAGAUGAGCUUGAUGAUCAGAAAAGCGAAGCAACACCAUCUCGAUUGGGUGGUUCUGAUGAUGGCUUCUUCGCUCAAACUACUCUUCGCGGCAGCAGUGAAGAUGAUCUUUGGCGAGAAGUGCCAAUAGCAUCUACUGAUUCUUUUCUUCUUCCUCUGCAGUUGUCCGAUAUGGCCGCAGAAAGAGGUCAAGAUGAUUUCUUCUCCUUUUCACCACAAUUUAGUUCAUCAAAAGAUUUAUAUCUUCCUGCUAGUCUAGCAAAUUCAAGUGCAAACAAUGUAACAGCGCACAGUGGAGGGAGUCAGUCCUGUGCUGUUGUUGGGGGCUUUCUUCAACGAGGUGCUAAACUUCAGGCACUUCAAAAGCUGUGCAGACAAUUAAGUACAAGCGAAGCAAUCACUGUUCCAUGUACCCCUUUGACCACUCCGAGUCGUUAUGCUUCUUGGAUGAAUUCCAAGUCCAAUUUUCAUAAACGAAUAUCUACAGCAAAGUUGGUAAACCGAUUGAAGCGCAAGCCCAGUUUCGAUGAGGUCUCGUUGGACGUAAAAAAGCAGAAGUUCGUGGAAGUGAAUGAGCAAAAGAAUGAGUCUCUACCUUCGAGUGGUGAAAAUAGUUCAGGUCAUCGUGACAAUGGAGAAUGUUUUAUUCGCAAACCUCUGACGUCUGAGAGAAAUAUUAUAUCCCCAAGAGGUGACGAAGUGAUAGAAGAUUUGCCAGGAAGCCGUGAUGUGGCAGGUGAAGCUAGCAGAGGAUUGAAGCCUGAUAUGAGUUCCUACCAUUUUGAGAUUACUGCAGGUGACGACGAGCCGAAGCUCAAAUCAAAUGAAGAACCGAGGGAAGAACAGAAUGACAGUGAUCUUGAGCCUGUUCAAGAUUGCAGUAGUAGAUUGUUAGAGAUUUCAACUAAUUCAAGUCCUAGUAAGAGCAUUUCACAAGAAUACCUGCAUCAUAGAGUUGAAGGUCUGCCGCAGGAGUUUAAUCAUUGUUCUCCUGACAGGUCAUUGCUCUCGCAGACACGAAACAUAGAUGAUCCGACUUCAUUUUCAACUUCCAUUUACUGUACAGAGUCUUUACCUCAAGGUAACGAUGAGCAAAAAAUUCGAGAAGAUCUGGUGGAGCUUUCUAUUGAAGAAUCGCCUAUUUUAGUUCCCCGCAGGGUUAGAGGCAAACGCACCAAAAGUAGAAAUUGGAAAAGUUGUAUACAUAUGACAUUAGGAUCAAAUUUACCACUAGAAGAGAAAUUCGUAUUUCCAAUUGGUGAUGAUGAUAAUCACACAAGUGACGAUGGUAGUAACGAUCCAGUUGAGGUGGAUUCUAAAUUGAGCUCGGGUAGAUGUGGUUCUGGAGCUCAGGCAGAUCCAGAUUUCUUUCCACAUUUUAACUGCUUGACAAGUUCAACUGCUACUGUGAGAAGGCGGCGUAUAUGUACCUCUGGCAUGAAUUCUGAAUGGGGAGCCAACAAAUGUACAGGGAAUGAGGGUGAAGCUGAUGGUAGCGCUAACCAUCCCAGUGUACAUCUAGAUACAAAAACUACCAAAAAGCGGAAGAAUGGCAAUCAAAAAUCAUCAGCAACCAAACGAUGUGAAGCCGAUCUAGAGGGAGAAUUCCAGUGUGACAUUGAAGGCUGCAUCAUGGCCUUUGAUUCUGUUCGUGACCUCGAACUUCAUAAAAAGAAUCGUUGUACAUGGAAGGGCUGUGGGAAACAUUUUCAUAUGCACAAGUACCUUCUUCAGCACCGACGAGUUCAUCUGGAUGACAGGCCUUUGAAGUGUCCUUGGAAAGGUUGCACUCAAUCAUUUAAGUGGGCUUGGGCUAGAACGGAGCAUAUUCGUGUUCACACAGGGGAGAGGCCCUACACAUGCAUGGUUUCUGGUUGUGGGCAGACCUUUCGGUUUGUAUCCGAUUUCAGUCGGCAUAAGCGCAAUACUGGACACAGACCCACUUAAGUAGUUGAGUGAGGACAUCUUCAGGUUUUCACGAACUUUCAUGAAGAAGCAUUAGUAAUUUAGCAGCGUCAGUUUCGGAUGGGUCUGAGAUCAUCAAUUCUUGGAAGCAUGGUUGUGCAUUUUAGGUUUAGUGGUUCAUUGGGAUUCAUUUGCGGAUUACCAUACUCUUAUCUUGAAUUUAUGUUCUCUCUUGCAUGCCAUUUACUUGGGAGAGACCCUUGUAAGACAUUCAAAUCCACCCUGGAUUUUUUUACACUUCCAGUUUCUUCUUCUUUC